UCGUUUGUUGACAUUCUGCGGAAAGGCGUUUCCAGAGGUUCAAACCGCUGUCUUUCGCUGAAAAGUUUCUAUUUUUCUCGUAUCUGAAGAUAAUGAAUGACUAUAGGUGAGGCAUGAGGGCGCUUUGGAGGAGCUGUGUGUUGUGCGUGGGCUUGUUGGUCACACUUUGCUUUCUUUGCGUGUGUUUUGAAGGAAAUGUUUGGAAAUUUAAGGCUAAACCCAAGAUGCAUCGGGUCUGCUAUUAUGCUAUUCCCAAUAAAGGGAGUGGUGAUAUUACAGUGAAAGCCUUAUCUGUGGAUGACAUUGAUCCCUUUAUUUGUACUCAUAUUCUUGUGGCCUUUGCUAGAAUCAGAAACAAUGUAAUUGUUCCAUCCAAUGAUGGUGAUAUUGAGGUGUACAAGGAAGUAAUUGCCUUGAAGAAGCAGAAUCCUGAGCUAAAGGUUCUUUUGUCCGUGGGUGGUGGCUCAACAGACGGAGGAUUCCCAAACCUUGUUCGUGAUCCUCAAGCGGUUAUUGAGUUUGCCUCACAUUCUCGAAAAUUCCUCACAACCUUUGGCUUUGAUGGCUUAGACCUUGACUGGGAGUUUCCUGCAUGGCCUGUAUUUGUGAGAAACAGGCAGGAGAAGAUAUGGUUCACAAGACUUGUUCAGCAUCUUUACCAGGAAUUUAAGUCAGCAGUACACAAACCCCUCUUGCUCACAAUUGCUGUAGCAGCUCCAAAGUCAAUCAUAGACAGGUCAUAUGAAAUCCCUGAGUUAUCCAGAUAUGUUGAUUUUGUGUCAAUGAUGGGUUAUGAUUACCACAUCUUCUGGCCUUAUCUGCCAUUUACGGGCUAUAAUGCCCCACUCUUUAAAGGUAGAAGUGACAAAUUUUACUUUGCAACUAUGAAUAUCCAGUGGUCUGCAGAGUAUUGGGUGAAGAAAGGGAUGCCAAAGGAAAAACUGGUUAUUGGAAUUCCUACUUAUGGUCGCACAUGGAAAUUGCUGAAUGCAGCAUGGAACAAAACCGGAUCACCAGCAGUUGGAAGGGGCAUGCUUUCUGGCGUUGUGUCGUACCCUGAAGCUUGCAUAUUCUAUAAGGAAGGAGCAGAAAGACAUUUUGAUGAAGUAUGCAAGGUCCCUUAUGCAGCGAGGGAAAGGGACUGGGUUUCUUAUGAAGAUCCUCAGAGUGUCCAGGAAAAGGUAAAGUGGGCAAAAGACAGCCAUUUUGCUGGAGUAAUGACGUGGAACCUGAACUGUGAUGACUGGGCUGGCAUUUGCUCGGGAAAGAGGUUUGAGCUUCAUAGCGUGAUCAAGAAAAUUAUAUUUAAUGAUGAAUUAAGGUUGAAUGACUCGUGAUAAGAUUUGUACUUGCUUUAGUAAAUAGAAAUUGUAUCUAAAGCAAUUGAUGACUAUAAUGAAUGUGAUAUUGUCAGGGUUUGCACAUAUGAUUGUGAUGUUAUAAUUUUAUUAUGGUUCAAGUUCCAGUUUCUGUUAAUGAGAAUCAAUGUCACAAAAAGCACAAAUUUUGAUAUGAUAAUAUUUAGGUAUGUUUGUUGAAGUAGUUGUGAAAUUUUUAAGUACAAUUGUCACAAUGAUAGUAAAAGAAAUUUAUUUGUUGCACAUUUGUUAUU